AUUUUUUAUCUUAUGCAGCUUGUUAUACUAAAAAUAUGCCUACAGAAAGUGAUUAUGACAAAUGUGCAGAUAUCCUGGUUCGUCUUCAGGAAGGCAUAUUGAAGAAAAAGUCAUUGUCGAAACAUGCACCAGUUAUACGUCAACUAUUGAACCUUGUUGAAAGUCCAGCAUUUCGUGAAAUAUCCAAAUUACAGGAAUCAUUAAAAACACUCAGUCAAGAAGCAAAUAAAGAGGGAUUUGAUGUUGAUAAACUCGCUUUUUCACCAGAGCAUGGAGGAUUAACUCUUGAUGGAAAAAAAAUUGAGCCUAUGAAACAACCUGAAAUUCAGGAAACAAAAAAUGUUGCAGAAUUCUUGGAUCAAGCAGCUCAAGGACGAGAAACUGAAUUAAUUGAAUUGGUUAAAUCUGAAAAUGAAGGUUUAGGUUUCAGUGUUGUUGGAUUAAGAUCAGAACACAGAGGAGAUUUGGGAAUAUUUGUACAAGAUAUAAAACCAGGUGGUGUGGCCGAUCGAGAUGGUCGAUUGAAAGAAAGUGAUCAAAUACUAGUAAUCAACAAUCAACCUCUGGCGCCCAAUAUUUCCCACCAGCAAGCUAUCGGUAUACUUCAAAGAGUUACAGGUGUAGUGGAAUUGCUCAUUGCUCGAGGAGGAAUCCCACAAUCACAAGAAGCUGCACAGUCUGAUGCAAGUCCGCAGCUAUCUCGAUCAUCAUCUGUGGUUAGUUCAAUGUCACAAGCAUCUGGCGCUCUUCCUGACACACAAUGGGCUGAAAUUGAAACAAUAGAACUUCGUAAUGAUGGAAGAGGACUGGGAUUUGGUAUUGUUGGUGGAAAAGCCACUGGUGGGGUGGCUGUAAAAACUAUUGUUGAUGGAGGUGUUGCAGAUCGAGAUGGUAGACUUCAUUCGGGAGAUCAUAUACUAAGAAUUGGGGAUACUGACUUGCGUUCAAUGGGUUCUGAGCAGGCGGCUGCUGUUUUGCGACAAUGUGGCACCAUUGUUAGACUUGUGGUUGCUAGGGGUGCCUUGGAUGGUGAAGAUAUACCAAACGUUGAAGAACAAGGGCUUGAAAAUAUACAAAGAUCUCGUCGUUCCUCUAGUUCUACAUCAGUAACAGUAAGCAUUUCAGAUGAUGAAUCUGAGGUUGGACCUCCCAUCACUCGAGAUAUGGAGUAUUUUGAUGUUGAAUUAAUAAAAGAUUCUAAAGGGCUUGGGAUCACCAUUGCUGGAUUUGUUCAAGAGGAAGGAAGUGACAAUGAAGAUGAGGAUUCUACAGGAAUUUAUGUGAAGAGCGUUUCAGCAGGAUCUGCUGCAGAUAUUGAUGGAAGAGUACAUGCUGGUGAUCAAAUUGUUGCCGUGGAUGGACAGCGUCUCGACGGACCAAAUAUGUCCAGUGAUGAAGCUGUUGAAAUUCUAAGGUCUACUGGUGUUGUUGUCAGACUGACCAUUGGUAGGCCAAGAGGUGGUCAUGACACAUCCAGAUCCUCAAGUAGUGAUAGUUUGCCAGAAUUGAAUGCUCCUUCCAUAAAUAACUGGGAUGAAAUAGAAAAAGACAUCAGCAAAACCAUAACCCCAGCAGAGCUAGAUAACAUUAAAGCUCGUUGGCAAUUAAUCAUGGGACCACAAUAUGACAUUGUGAUUGUGCAAAUCAAAAAGUUCAGCAAAACAAGCGGUCUCGGAAUAAGUUUAGAAGGCACUAUUGAUGAUAGUGAGCAACCUCAUCAUUACAUCAGAUCGCUAUUACCUGAAGGUCCUGUCGGACGAAGCCAAAUGUUGCAGCCUGGUGACGAACUUUUAGAAGUGAAUAAAUCUCGUAUUCUAGGACUUCAUCAUAUAGAAGUAGUCACUGUAAUUAAAGAGCUACCUUUGGAUGUGUGUAUUGUUUGUGCCAGACCUCGCAGUAGGUUGAAUAUUCCACAGAUGCGGGAUUCUGUAAUACUUGAAGAAAGGGAGGGACAACUUUUUGAAAGAAAACCAUCAUUUGACAAUAAUGUUGAAAUGAUGGAAGACCAAGGACAUGAAAGUGUUUCUGAUCAUGAAGAGGAUGCAACAUAUGAUGAAACUCCCAUUCCACAGCCAGUCUCACCUGUUCACAACAUACAAGAAUCUUCAGAAAAUGAAGAAUCCAGCAGCAGUAGCAGUAGUAGUGAAUCUGAAAAUGAAGAAAAUAUGAUGGUACUUGUUCCGCCUCCAAAAAAGGUACAAGUUGUCCAAGAACUUGACCAUGAUAUGGAUAGUGCUUGGGAAGAUGAUAUCACUGUCAUUGAGUUAGACAAGGGGAAUGAAAGUCUGGGUUUCAGUAUUUUGGAUUUUCAAGAUCCAGUGAAUACUCAGCGUACUGCGAUUCUUGUCAGAUCAGUUGUUAAAGACGGAAUCGCGGAUCGGGAUGGUCGUCUUCAACCUGGUGAUAAAUUGAUGUUUGUAAAUGAUGUGCCGUUGAGAAAUCACACUUUAGACACAGUGGUUGGUGUGCUGAAAAGUGUUGCACCUGGGAUUGUUAGAAUUGGGGUAUCGAAACCAAAGCCUCUAUUCCGAGUUCUGCAAGAAAGACAAGAAGAGAUGAAACAAGAACACAAGAAAGAGAUUCAUGAAGAUGAAUCGAUCCCAUCUGAAAAUUACGAACAAGCAGAAGUGCAGCAACGAUCUCCCUUAUUUGUUGAACCUUUACCUCCACCACCAGUAAUCCAGCAUAUUGAUGUACCAUCUUCACCCAGCUCGACUUCAAGUGAAGAGCAAAACGUCGUCUCACAGUUUAGUUAUGAACAGAAAUUUCAAUACCCAGAACAACAGCAUCAAGAACGAUUAGUAGGAUAUCCAGAAGAAUUUGAAAGAGUAGAGGAGCAAAAUUUUUCACACGAGUCUCAACCAUUUAUGCUUCCCUCUCCACAACCUGAACCACAGCACAUUCCUCCUUCAGAUAGACUGUCUUCACAUAGUGGUUCAGAGGUCAGGUCACCUAGCAUCAUUACUCAGUCAUCUGCCGAAGAAAGAACAAUGGAGGUGAAACAAAUGCAGGUUUCAGGCAUGACUGCGAUUGCAGUUACAAGCAGUCUGGCAUCCAGUCCACCACAAGAAAGUGCCAAGAUAUUUGAACCACUUCAAUACCCUGACCCAUCUAGAGCACAGCCCCCUCCACCAUCUCCACCCCCUCCUCCUCCAUCUUUUAAAAUCCCGCCUCCCAUCCUAGCACCACAAAAGCCAGCAUAUUCUGCUCCUUCUUGGCAAGAGGCAGAAGAGUCUAGAAACAUGCCUCUAUCUGCGGAAUUAUAUGAGAAAACAGUUCAUAUAAAGAAAGGUGGUGACGGACUCGGUAUUACAGUCAGUCCAGACCGAGAUGGAGACGGACUUACUGUUGGCUCCAUAAAUGCGGGUGGAGCGGUUCACAAAUCCCGUAGACCAAAACUUGGUGAUAUUAUCAGGCGUAUUAACAAUGACUCUGCAGUGGGGCUUGGUGCGAUGCAAGCACGCGCUUUAAUCAGGAAUCACACUAUGUUCAGCUCUGAUAUAACGAUCGUCUAUAUUCCAAAAGAAUAUAUUGGUGCGUAUAAAGAAGGUCUGCCUCCACCAAGAGUUGCCUCACCUGUGUCUUCCAUUCACACAGAUGAUGAACGGCCUAGUAGUGUGGCUUCCAUCAAAUCCAAAUUUGAGCCUCCGAACGUGCAGAAAGAAGUUAAAAAACACAAUUGGAAAUUAGAUGAGAUAAACCAUGAAUAUGGUCAUGCAAAUGGGGAAUUACAUUAUAUUGAGUUAGAAAAGGGCAACAGUGGACUUGGAUUAAGUCUGGCAGGAAACAAAGAGAAACCUCAGCAAAGCAUUUAUGUUGUUGGAAUCAAUCCUAGUGGUGCCGCGGCUAAAGAUGGGCGUGUCAAAGUUGGUGAUGAACUCCUUGAAAUAAACGGCAUACCUCUGUCGGGACCCAACACUCACCAAGUUGCUCUAUCUGUUAUCAAAGCCGCUGAAUCAAAAAUAGGAAUUGUUUUAUGCCGAAGUAAUACAUCUGUGACCCCAUUGGAGCAUGCAAAGAAAGAAAAGCCAGUUUCACCGGCAUCCUCAUCACAUACAUUAGAAAAAGAGCAAGCUCUUAUUCCUGCACAGGCCAUAUCUCCUGAAAAAGUAAAGAGUCAAAGUACAUCGUCUAUUUCAUCAGAGCACCGUUCAAAAUCAAGAUCAUCAACUUCAAGCAGGAGUAGUAGAACUUCCUCUCGUAGUUCUGAAGUUUCAGCGCCACGUCCUCAAACAAGAGUGAUCAAGCUAGUGAAGGAUUUUCAAGGAUUGGGUUUCGCAAUAUCUGAAACUUCUAGUGGUAUUGUGGUGCAGUCAAUUGCUGCUGAUGGUACAGCUGAUAGAGAUGGACGAUUAAAAAAGGGUGAUUUUAUCCUUGCCGUUGAUGACAAAUCACUUGAGGGAAUGUCAUAUGAAUCUGCCGUUAAAGUAUUAAAGGAUGCAAGAGGAACUGUAAAGUUGGUGGUUGCCUCGGAACCUGUAAAAUCUGGCAAGCAACAAUCUGGUAGAAGCAGCAGUCAGCCAGAUCCAUUGAUUUGCCCCAUAGUCAAUGGUCAUGAAACAACAAUCGAAAUCAUCAAGGGGAAAUCCGGUUUAGGUGUUAGCAUUGUUGGUGGAGCAGAUUCCUUACUUGGUUCAAUAUUUGUUCACACAGUUUAUGACGAAGGUGCUGCAGCAAAAGAUGGAAGAAUCUGGCCCGGAGAUCGUAUUUUAAGGGUAAAUGAUCAUGAUUUAAGAUCUGCCACACAUGAUCAAGCUAUUGAGGUUUUGAGAAAUACACCAAGUCGUGUCAUGCUGACUAUUUUAAGAAAUGACAACAAUGAUCCUCAAAAGCCAGAUAUUUAUACUUUUGAUGUUUUCUUGGAAAAACGACCAGAUAGGGGCCUGGGUUUGAGUAUCCUUGGCAAAGGUAAUGAUGGAGGUGUGUAUGUAAGUAAUAUAGUACCUGGUGGGACAGCGGCAAAUGAGGGCUCAAUCCGACCUGGUGAUCAACUCCUUGCUGUGAAUGGACAAAAUGUGCAAAAAGCCACACAAAAUGAUGUCGCUGCAAUGCUGAAAAAUGCUAUUGGAAAUAUUCACUUCAAGUUAGGGAGGUCGCCUGAUACUCCAACACCGACUAGUCCAAAUCCUGUUUUUUCUCCUUCAGCAACUUCAGUCACUUCUCAAUCGAGUAGAAAAUCAUCGCGUAAUAAUUCUGGGGCAAGUGGAAAUGGAUCAGCGAAAAGUGACGAACGCUUGGUCGAAAUAUGGAAAACACCAACACAACCUUUGGGAAUCAGCAUAUCAGGAGGCGUUGGUUCCCCUCUUGGAAACGUUCCGAUAUUUGUUGCUAUGGUGCAACCGACUGGUGCUGCGGCCAAUAAACUGAAAGUCGGAGACAAAAUAUUGAGCAUUAACGGCCAGUCAACCGUAAACAAAACACAUGAUGAUGUAGUGAGAAUGCUAAAAAGUGGAGAUGAUGCAAUUGUUGUAUUGAAAGUUCGGCAAGGAGGACAAGACAUGCAAGCAUUGGGAGAAUAUUUAGCUGAUAACGCUAGCACUGUAUCAAGCAGAGUUGUACCAUCGUCUUUCGGAUCAAACGAAGCACUCUCACCCAGUAUGGGGUCUGAUAUGAAUUAUAAUGAAUCAAGAUGCAUUGACAUUAAUCUGGACAGGGGUCCUGAAGGUCUUGGUUUCAGUAUAGUUGGUGGCAUUGGUUCCGUACAUGGAGAUCUGCCUAUUUUUGUAAAGUCUGUGUUUGAUGUAGGAGCCGCUGCUGUUGAUGGAAGACUAAAAAGAGGAGACAGAAUUAUUGCAGUAAAUGGUCAGAGUGUGGAUGGAUGUACUCAUGAAGAAGCUGUUACAGUUCUAAAAAGAGCAAGAGGAAGAAUUGUGCUGAGAGUGAUGCCAUCAUAAUUACCUUGUGUAUCUUCAUAUAAAACAAUAAUCAUGACACCCAAAUGUAAUAAUGCUAUUUAUCUAUAAAAGUAUAUUGAUUGAUUAUUCCUUAAUGUAACAAUAUUAAUGCAUGUUGUGUGAUAGUCGAGAAAUCCUUCAUUUGCUUUCUGAUAAGUUUUGGAUAUCCAAUAUAUUCUUAGUUGGAAUAAUUAUGAUGUCGAAAUGGUUGACUAAAAGUCUAAUGUAAUUUCAUACCUCCACUCCAAAUGAGGCUUUGGGCAAGAAGCCACAUAGAUAUAUGGGACCAAAAUCUUUUUAAUUCACCUGGGUAGUAGCGCAAAACUGACUAAACAUGAUAUGAUUCGUAUUGUAUUUUGCCACAUUUCAGUUUGUUAUGAUCUCUUCUAUAUUUUGUUUGAGUAAGCUAUCAUUUUUCAGUCUAUGUUGCCUUGUUGAAAAUAUUGCUUUUAAAUUUAAAUCUUACAUUUUGAUAUCUGUAUAAUUUUUUAUUUAUCAAGUGAAUGGUACAUAACUUUUGGUACUGUAUUUCUCAAAAUUUUCUGUAUCACAGGAUCUGUAAAACCCAUGUCUUUGUUUACCAAUGUAGCAUCUACACAUUGUCAUAUAUUCAUUUUUUCCCUUAUUGUCAUGGUACCUUUUUUAUUUUCUACUGUCCUGAAUCUGUCAUUGUAUUGAAAAUCCCAAUCAAAUUCUAUUGGUGAAUGAAAUUUAAUCAUCGUGGGGCCAACUCCAGGAAACUUUUUGAUCAAUGUUAAAAUUUUCUGUGCUGGGGACCAAUUUGAAUAUAUAUUAGUAAUUGAAGCAACAACAAUAUACUGCAUUGAAUCAUGGAAUUUUAUCGUGGUUGAACAGUGUUGUGUCCUGUAAAUUGUUACUCAUAUAUUGGAACUUUAUUUUUUUAUACUGCUUGCAACUUCAUAUAUUAUUGUGACCGGUGCUGCUCCAUUUAUUGAAUGGGAGCUCUUUACUUUUUAUGACAAACUUUAUGCUAUUUUUAUUAACAAACAUGUUUUAUUAACUAAUAUGUUAUGAUCAUAUUUUAAUGCAUUAUAAAGGUUCAACACUAA